AUGUCGGCCGACGCGCCGCAGUACCAGCACUUCAUCCCGCAGUUCAUCCUAAAGAACUUCGACCAUCCUUUCAGCUGUCCCAAGGCCCCCACGAAUGGCUCAAAAUGCAAAAAGCACCAUCACGAAAAAGGAAAAUACCCCGGCGACCGGGACGUGAACUGCUUGGAACUUUUGCCUGAGGGUUUCAAGGUUGAGGAGCUUUCUAUCCGACAAGUAUGCGGCCUGGAUGACAUGUACACAGACCAGUCACCAAACGUAAAGUUUCCUCGCGAGCUGGAGGCCAAGUUUAGCAGACUGGAGAGCGAGACGAGUGCCGUGAUUCGCAGGAUAAUUAACUCUCACCAGCGUGGAGAGGAAUAUGUCAAAAUCAACAGGACACAGCAAACUGUAGUACGCAAGUUCAUUUAUCUACUGAACCAGCGAGGCUCAGGCUUCUUCAAGACAUAUAACUGCAAUAGUAUCAACGACUACAAAAAGAUUGAUCGUGAUCUUUUGAAGGAGUAUAUGGAUCGAAAUGGAAUUGAACGACCUUUAGAUAUUUGGUUGCAGGAAAUUCUCAAGUUGACUGUCUAUUAUGGCUUAUUUCGUCAUUUCCAAGAACACAUUACCGAAUUUUGGAUGUCCUUCUGCACCCCUGUGAGCGAGGAUGAAGAGUUUAUUCUUCCUGACACAGGAAGCCAUGUGUACGAAGGACCAACCGUCAACUUUCAAGACAAGACCACAGGAGAAUUCAUUCGCCUAGGACCCCGCUUUCACCUCUUCACGCCUAUCUCUCCCCUAUUGAUGAUCGUCUUGAGAGGCAAUCAUCUCCCAGAGCCACAUGAGGAAAACAAUCCUGAGACAAAGGCUGGGCGUCAGCUUUACCGACAGAUCGAGAUCGACUCGAUCCAUGGCCCAGGAACAAAGUCAAUACUGGAAGACCUCCCCGUUCACAAGGCUAUCAACAGCUAUUCCACUUUGUUGAAUGGAAUACUGAGAAAACGACCGGGAUGGGACAGACAGCUUCGUCAGACUGAUAUCUUCUCAUUCCCUUUCUUUAAAAUCCCCACGCAUCAUGCACGCAUCAUCAAUGGUCUUCUGCUAGACCAUGCCUUUCACGGCUUAACAAUUAUCUUCAACAAGAAGGGCCCGUUCCUCGAUCUCCUAGAAUGGUUCUUGACGAAACCGUGCGAGGUUGGCAAAAGGCUAGGCAGAGAACACCAUGCAGAGCAGAUGAGGUGUCUUGCGCGGUUGACCGCUUUGAUGCAUGCCGAGGGGCGAAACAUCUCGCUACAUAUAACAAAUGGGCCAAUCAACUAUGAUCUUGACAUUGAGAGUUAUAAAAACCAGAACAAUGAUGCCGCACGGUGGCUUGAGAGCCUUGAGAAGAGUCACGCCAGCGGGGAAAAGGUUGAAAAGAACCGAGAAAAAGGCCCAGAUACCAAGGUCGAUGCAGGCCGGCAAGGUUCAGUGUAUCCCCAAGAUCAGCCCAAGAAUGAGAAGAGUAGCAUCGAGGGGCAGCCAAUCGACCUUGGUCCGACGGUGAAACAUGACGAAGAAAUAAGCCGAGCUAAACUCACAUCCCUUUGUGUUUCCGAACUCUCAACACAGCACCAGUCAGCAAAUGUCCAGGGGACCCACCCGAUUCAGCAACUAUCAAUGAUGGUAGGGAUUAUACUGCUUCUUUUAGCGGUGACCUAUAUGAUAGUAUUCCUGGCUCACUGGUCAGAAUGGCUUUUGCAGGUCUCGUUUGGAAUCAAUUGGUAUGAGCUUCUGGUAAUCACAGUGGUACUACCUUACUUAAUAUUAUGCCUGCUUCGGUGGUUGGAUUGGCCUUUGAAUACCUUGUUUGGGAUCCGUCUGUAUCAUAUUGCGAUAAUUUUUAUUUUUCUCGUUGCCUCCCAGGCAGAGAAGUGA